AAUCACUGUAAGGUACGAAAACCCCCUGAUUGGACCGAGUCCGUUUAAACGGGGGUAGGACGCAAUCCGCUUCCCGGUCCUUCCGCCACAGGGACCUACGACACUACACCAGCAGCGGCAGCAUCAGGGAAUUGAAGACUCUCGUUAAAAGCAGCCAACCAAAUCAAAACCAUAUUUUCGGCGGAAAACGACAGUCCAUCUCUCGUUUCCGGUUCGCUCUUUCACCAAUCCAUUUCAAAUCUCUCUCUUUCUCUCUCGUUUGGUUUAACUUCAGAUUUUAACUGGCGAAGGAUUUCUCUCAAUUGAGAAGAAGAAAAGGGGAUUCUGUUUCUGGGAUGGGAAAGAAGCAUGUCAUGUUGCCGGUUGAAGAUGUCGACAUUUCGGCUGUUAAAUAUCAGCCUGAAGUCAUCCAAGCUCCUCAUUUAACUGGAUAUGCAUUGAAGCUUUUUGUUUGGUUGAUUGAGACCCCGUUCAUCGGGCAUUUGAUCUUGUCAUUCUUGAAGCGGCAGAAUAAAAUUCCUGAGAUGUUGCAGAAUACUGUCAUUCCUGAAUUACCCAUGUAUCGACCUGAGUUUCCACCACAAGAGCCGGAACCUGGGGUGAUUGUCAUAGGGGAAGACACCAAACCUGCCGUCCGUGUUGAAUCUGCCAUAGAGUGCCUACCACCUUAUGAUCCAGAGCGACAUUUGAGCAGUAACUCCCCUGGUUCAUUCUUGUAUUGGACAAUACGUGAUUAUGCACAUGCUUAUCGAUCCAAGUCUGUUACACCAUCGAUUGUUGGGGAGCACAUCAUCUCAGCAGUAGAGGAGUCCAAUGGUAAGAGGCCUCCCAUGCCAUUAUUGAUCUCUUUUAAUGCCGAGGAUGUGAGGAAGCAAGCUGCAGCCUCUACAAGAAGGUUCGAGGAAGGGAAUCCCUUGUCAAUCUUGGAUGGGAUUUUCAUGGCCAUCAAGGAUGAUAUAGACUGCUAUCCUCAUCCAACCAAGGGUGCGACGACAUGGUUUCAUAAAGUCCGACAAGUCAAAGAAGAUGCAGUUUGUGUUUCAAGAUUGAGAAGUUGUGGUGUGAUUUUCAUAGGGAAGGCAAACAUGCAUGAGUUGGGACUAGGGACAACUGGAAAUAAUCCAAACUAUGGAACAACGAGAAACCCACACUCCAUUGAAAGGUAUACAGGUGGAUCUUCCUCAGGCCCUGCGGCAAUUGUAGCUUCUGGACUAUGUCCAGCUGCUGUUGGAACAGACGGUGGAGGCUCUGUUCGAAUUCCGUCUUCUCUUUGUGGUAUCGUGGGCUUGAAAACUGCAUAUGGGCGGACUGACAUGAAAGGGUCCACAUGUGAUUGUGGGACUGUUGAAGUUGUUGCACCACUUGCAGCCACAGUUGAGGAUAUCAUACUGGUGUAUGCAGCAAUGACUGGCUCCUCUCCAGCUGAUAGAAUCUGUUUGAAUCCGUCACCUCCAUGUUUGCCUUGUUUAAGGUCACGUGACAAUUUGGAUGCUUUGAGAUCACUGAGACUAGGAAAAUAUUCGGAGUGGUUUAAUGACGUGUACUCAACUGAUAUCUCCAGUAAGUGUGAGGAUGCUCUUAACCUCCUUACAUCGACUUACGGAUGCCAGGUGACUGAGAUUAUAUUGCCAGAAUUGCAAGAGAUGCGCAAUUCCCAUGUAGUUUCUAUUGGUUCUGAAUCCUUGUGUGCUCUAAAUCCUGACUAUUUAAGCGGGAAAGGUUCUGAACUAACGCAUGAUACCCGAACUAAUUUGGCUGUUUUCGAGUCAUUUACUGCAGCAGAGUAUGUUGCCGCUCAACGAAUUAGGAGAAGGAUAAUGUAUUAUCAUAUGGAAGCUUUCAAAAAGGUUGAUGUUAUAGUUACCCCAACAACUGGCAUCACAGCCCCAUUGAUACCUCCGAGUUCUCUCAAGUGUGGGGAGUCCAAUUUGAAGGUGUCAGGUUAUCUCAUGAGAUUUAUAAUAGCAGGAAACCUUCUUGGACUCCCAGCUAUUUCUGUCCCUGUUGGUCAUGAUAAACAAGGACUCCCUAUAGGUUUGCAAUUGAUAGGCCGUCCGUGGGGCGAGGCCACUAUCUUGCGGGUGGCUUCUGCAGUGGAGGAACUCUGCUGGAAGUUCCGGAAUCAGCCUUCGAAAUUUUAUGAUAUUCUCCAGGGAAUUUGAGGAUGUAGCUGAAUGCUUCUGCUUCAUGUUGAUUGUGGCCUUCUUGGGGAGUCUGUCAUGUGUCAACUCAAGUGUCUUCGACUCUGACCAUCUUUUCAAUAUGAGGCAUAAACGUCCAUUGCAGCUCAUAUAGUAUGUGACGGCUUGUGUGUCAGUUCAAUUCAAAUGCUACUCUCUUUCAACAAAAUAAUGGGUUCUGUUCUUGAAGAUACUGUCUCGAAGUCUAUAUGAAUGUUUACUUGACUAGUUCUUUGGUGAUUCAUUCUUCAAAUCUGCUACUGGAUAUUACUGGAGAAAAUGCCUUGGCAUUUUAAAGUUUCAUAUUGAGAUAUUGUCCUGUUUGCUUGGUUUCUUUUA